UUAAAGCAUCGGAGGCCGGAGUCACGGUGCUGCGACAUGGAUGAGCAAAAGGAGUCUCUCCAAAAGAUCGUCAACACAUUGGCGCUGAAAAAUGAGGAGAUCCAGAACUUCAUCUGCUGCCUGAAGCAAAAUCUGCAGAACCUGGAGGCAAACUCCACCCGUGUUCAGGAGGAUCUGGAGUCGGAGUUCAGCUCUCUGCAUGCUGUUCUGGACGAGCUGAAGGAUGGAAUGAUGACGCGAAUCAAACAGGAGCGAGCCACUCGCACGUACGAGCUGCAGAAUCAGCUGAGCGCCUGUACGAAAGCUCUGGAGAGUUCCGAGGAGCUGCUGGAAGUAGCCAAUCAGACGCUCUGCUCGUCUGAGAUGGAUGGCUUCACUCAGGCGGCUAAAGACAUAAAGGAUAGUGUUACCAUGGCCCCAGCCUUCCGCCUGUCUUUAAAAGCAAAAGCGAGCGACAGUAUGAGUCACUUGAUGGUGGACUUCACUCUGGAGCGUGAGAUACUGCAGGCCAUCAAAUUCCUCCCAGUUCCUGCUACUCCAGAGAUCCAGGAGUCGGAGUGUCAGGUGUGCGAUAACUCCGUCACGGUGCUGUGGACUUUACCGGAACCAGACUCUAAAAUCGACCACUACAUCAUCGAGUACCGGCGAAUGAACCACGAGGGGCCGCCGCGCGCUCGGGAGGAGCAUCCGUGGAUGGUGGUGGAGGGGAUUAAAGAGACGGAGUACACACUUACAGGCCUUCGCUUUGACACACGCUACAUGACGUUUCGGGUGAAGGCGUGUAAUAAAGCUGUAGCAGGAGAGUUCUCUGAGCUGGUUACUCUGGAGACACAUGCGUUUGUGUUUAAGCUGGACGCGGGUUCGGCUCACCAGAACCUGAAGGUGGAGGACCUGAGUGUGGAGUGGGACAGCAGCGGGGGGAAAAUGCCGAUCCAGGACAUCCGCAAGGAAAAGAACAGAACCAGCUCUCCUAUGCACUCGCCAGCCAGGACGGCCAUGAUGUCUCCGAAGAGAGCGCCGUCAGCCCGGGUGGGCCGAGAUCGCUUCACGGCCGAGUCCUACACUGUUCUGGGUGACACCAUGAUCGAUGCAGGGCAGCACUACUGGGAGGUUCGGUUCGAUAAAGAGAGCAAGGCGUUUGCUGCGGGCGUGGCACUGCGUUCUCUCGGCCGAUUCGAUCAGCUCGGGAAGAGCAGCGCCUCGUGGUGUGUCCAUCUGAACAACUGGCUGCAACAGAGCCUCAGCGCCAAGCACAACAACAAGGCCCGCACGCUGGACUGCCCCAUCCCCGAGCGCAUGGGCAUCUACUGCAACUACGACGAGGGCACAUUGUCUUUCUACAACGCCAAAACCAAAACACUCAUGCAUACUUUUAGGACAAAGUUCCAGCAGCCGGUUAUUCCAGCUUUUAUGGUGUGGAACGGGAGUUUCUCAGUUCAGACGGGUCUUCAGGUUCCUACCAUAGUGCAGUGUGGCCAGAAAAGGAACAGCAACGCCAGCAGCUCCAAUGCCAGCCUUACCUAGACCUCCACUCGCCCUCCUCCCCCUCCAUCCGUCUUCCUCCACUGCUUUGUAGAACUGUUGCCUGUCACUCAGGCUCUUAGUGGCAGCGGAAAGUACCUACGAUUUUACCCUGGUGUCCGGAAAUGGAGAGGAAGAAAGAGAGAGAAGCACCAGCUCUCUGUGCCUUUCAGCUUUCUCAUUUCAUCCAUGAACAUGUGAGACUUGCACAUCGCAGUAUAAGUUGCAUGGUUCUGUCAAGUCUUUUGUGUUAAAAGUGUGGUGACAUUCAAGCUGAAGACUUGAAAUUUUCUCACGUACACAAAAAUGUGUGAGGUAAAUUGGUGAAACCGAAUGUUUAAUUGACAGUUUGUGGGUAAAUGUGAGGAAAAAUUGUGAAAGAGGGUUUCUCUGUGAAUGUAAGAGCAUUUUGUGGUUAUUUUUGUGUGAAUGCGAGCACAUUUUGUGGGUGUAUCGAAGGUAUAAUUGUGAAUGUGAGCAUUUUGUUGGGUGUAUUCGUGAGGUAAAACUGUGAAUGCGUGUUGUGUGAAUGUCUGAGGUAAAAUUGUGGAUGUGAGUGUUUCUAGGUGAAUGUGUGAGCGAAUGAAGGAGCAAUUUAUAGGUACAUGUUUGAAAGAAAUGCUCUCACACAAGUUUAUGCGUAUAUGAAUGAAAGGUGAGUAUGAAAGCAUUUUAUGUAUUUUUUUAAGGACGUUUUGUGGGUGUGUGAGGGAUAAAAUUUAACAGCCUGAAUGCCACCUAAUAGCAAACAAAUUAUAUUUUUUCCCCAAAUUUCCAACUUCUGAGUUUCUUGUGUUUGCUCAGCCAUUUAAACCAUUUCAGCCAACGGUCUUGAGUGACUGUUUUAAUGUUUUCGCACUGAAUAUCUUUUGAUUAUCGACAUCUAAUUCUGCUAAAUGCUUCCCAAGUAAAAUGUGUUAUAUUCAGAACCAAUUCAGCACACGAACUAAAUGCUAAUAGUAAAAUGCUUCCUCUAGAAUAUAUUCAACAUUGCUGUGCCAGCAGAAGUCCACAUGAAGGGUGGGAGGACUACACGAGAUGAAGUGUGUAUGACUGUGUGUGUGAUGUACCAUAGUGUAUUGUUGCCUUUGUAACGGCAAGGUAUUUACGCUUAUGACAAGUUGUACUUGUUUUUGUUGCACGCAGAUGCGAAGGACAAAGGAGAAAAUUCCGCUUACCUCCACAAAUAUGUACGAUGUUUUAUCAUGUUUUUUUGGAUUACAUGAACGGUGACCAUGUUACUAAAUAUUACACUUUGCUGACCAAAUGGUGCAGUGUUCAGUUUUUAUUCUUGCCAACACCCUACUGCAAUUUAUUAUAAUAUACCGUAUAUCUCCCUGUAUAUAAACCAUUAAUGCUUUUAUGCUGAAACUGUAGUAUUACAAGAGAUGGCAAAAUCUUCAG